AUGUCCUUUGAAAUAUCGCCAUGGGUUUGUGAGGUCGUCGAGUAUGGGAAAAAGGUCGAGGUCACUCGUACUGCCAAACGUAUAAAUGGAUCAAUCUUGAGAGGAAAGGCAAUUCCAAGAAAACCCGCACUGAUGAGCUUACAAAUGACUUUAGGUUUUGAUCCAGCGUUACAGCAAGUCAAACAUUUCGCAGAACUUUUGUUUACUUCGUACACAUUCUUUAACCCUGUGUUAAUGUAUAGUAAAUGGAAAGAUUGGGACGGGAAAGCGUUAGACGCUGAACCACUUCUGUAUGAGGACGUUACUGAAGACACUGUAAAGCUUUUAGAAAGUUGCAGCAAAGAGUAUCAAGAUGUGGCCCAUGCUAUUUCAGCCAAGAAACCGGAGGUUGAUUUGACGGAAAUUCCAGACAUUUUUAACUGGGUCAUUGAGUUUUAUAAGAAAGAUAUUGAAGAUGGAACAAGUCUGCUCAAAGCUAUUCAAACAAACAAAGUUUAUAAAGGUGUAAAGCAUAUUAUGAAAAAGAACAAGAAAACGUUCAACCCAGACUUUGAAUGUAGAUUUUUGACGGAAGAUGUACCGAUGGGAAUGGUUGUCGUACGGGGUAUAGCUGAAUUUGUUGAAGUACCAAUGCCGAGUUGUGACGCCGUCAUUCAAUGGGCGCAGGAAAAAAUGAAGAAAAAAUAUCUUGUAGAUGGGAAACUGUCCGGUGAUAACAUGAAUGAAACGAGAGCACCGCAAAGAUUCGGUUUUACUACACUGGACGAAAUUUUAAGUGGUCGUAAAAGUGACAGCUAA